UUAAUCUCAAACCGGACACGAGGUGCUGAGGUGAAAAGGUUAUGAUAGUCUGACAGAUUGUUGUAAAUUGUAUAUUUAUAAAAAAGAAUUUAUUUGUUGUCGCUGCAGAUCAAGUUAUUGAAGAAACAAAGAUGGUUGUAGACAAUUCAGAGGAAUGUUCUCCUGCAGGAGACAAGAUGUCUAAGAAAGCACUAAAAAAACAACAGAAAGAAGCAGAAAAAGCAGCAAAGAAAGUAGAAAAAACUUCAUCUCAGUCAGAAUCUGCAAGUGAAGCUGAGGAUGUGUCUCUGGGAAAAUAUGGACAAAUGGACAUGAUUCAGAGCAAGGAGAAAUUUUCAGAUAGGAAAUUUAUAUCAAUCAACGAGCUAAAUAAAAAUCUAGAGAAUCAAACAGUUUGGUUAAGAGGUCGCUUACAUACUAGUCGUGCAAAGGGCAAGCAGUGCUUCAUUGUGUUGAGACAACAAUCCUACACUGUGCAAGGAUUAGCUGCUGUAAAUGAUCAGAUUAGCAAACAAAUGAUUAAAUUUAUAUCCAACAUCACGAAAGAGUCUAUAGUCGAUGUCAAGGCUGUGGUGAAGUCUGUACCAAAACAAAUCGAAUCGUGCUCGCAAAAAGAUGUGGAAGUCCAUCUGGAAGAAGUCUUUGUGGCAAGCGCGGCGAAACCGCAGCUUCCUUUGCAGAUAGAAGACGCCGCGAGAUCCGUUAACGAAGCGGAUGAAUCGACGUUGAAUAUCCGAGUGAAUCAGGACACCAGACUGGACAACAGAGUGCUGGAUCUGCGUACUCCAGCUAAUCAGGCAAUUUUCAGAGUAGAAGCUGCUAUUUGUAAACUGUUCAGAGACAUUUUGACGGAAAAAGGCUUUGUUGAAAUCCACACUCCCAAGAUCAUCUCCGCAGCUAGCGAGGGUGGUGCGAAUGUUUUUACGGUAUCUUAUUUCAAGAGCAAUGCUUACUUGGCUCAAUCGCCGCAGUUAUACAAGCAGAUGGCGAUUGCUGCUGACUUCGACAAAGUUUUCACCGUUGGAGCAGUUUUCAGAGCGGAAGAUUCUAAUACGCACAGACAUUUGACGGAGUUCGUAGGACUCGAUUUGGAGAUGGCGUUCAAGUAUCAUUAUCACGAAGUCGUUGACACCAUUGGGCAAAUGUUUACCGAGCUAUUCAAAGGCUUGCGUGACAAGUAUGCGGAUGAUAUAGCAGCAGUCAGUCAGCAAUAUCCGGUGGAGCCGUUCAAGUUUCUCGAACCAGCUCUGAGACUGGAGUAUUCGCAGGCGAUCGAGUUGCUGGCGGAAGCGGGUGUGACGCUUGGAGAGGAGGACGAUCUGUCGACACCGGAUGAAAAACUCUUGGGAAAAAUCGUCAAAGCCAAAUACGAUACAGAUUUUUACAUUUUGGACAAGUAUCCUCUUGCUGUGAGACCGUUUUACACUAUGCCGGACCCGAAUAAUCCUAAAAUAUCUAACUCUUAUGACAUGUUCAUGCGAGGAGAAGAGAUCAUAUCCGGCGCGCAACGUAUUCACGACCCGGACUUCCUCACCGAACGAGCUAAGCAUCAUGGAAUCGAUAUCGAGAAGAUCAAGGCGUACAUCGACGCCUUCAGAUACGGCUGUCCGCCGCACGCCGGUGGCGGCAUUGGCAUGGAACGUGUGGUGAUGCUGUAUCUCGGCCUGGACAAUAUCCGGAAGGUGUCCAUGUUCCCGCGUGAUCCUAAGCGUCUCACUCCUUAAAGAAUUCGAGGAGAACUGAAUUUCUUCGAGAACUUAGGAAAAGAGAGAAAUUGUGAUUUCUAUACAUAUAUAUAUAUAUUUCGGUAUACAUUACAGUAUAGUUAUACCGAAGACGGAGUAUAUAAAAAUAUCUUUUAAAUUGAAUAUAUACACUUUAUACAGGC